GCCAUUCUGAUCUUCAAAGACUGGAUUUGUUUAAAGCCAUUUGCUUGGUUGGGUGGCAGGGAGCUUUAACAACCAUCAACUAGGAUCAAGCAUUUGCAUUCUUUUGCUGACAUUAAACCCCAAACAAAUUUCCUGCAAGAAUCAGUAAACUAUCGCAAUACGUAUGUAGUGACGCAUCUCGACUUGGUGUUGAUACUGUGGCAUUUGUUACCUCGUGUCUGUCUACGUUUCCUCAACACCAAGUGCCCUCCCUUCCCGGUGUUGCUCCAGUAACUUCUUGGCGAGCUCCUCUAAAAGGCUUAGAGUAAACAGGAUUAGAGAGAAUUAAAAAAUCCUCCUCUCUCCAAGAGCCAUCUGCCUAUCUACUUGAUCCAGGAGCUGUCCUCCCGGUACCAUGGGACACACCUCUCUUCAGCUGCGAAGGAAAACCAGUGUGUCAAGUGUCAUCAGAAGAUUUCUGUAUGAAAUUCUGUUAUUUUUCUGCAUCUGGAGACUUCUGAACUAUGCAAACUUGUACGAAGCUGUUCACAUUGCUGUUCCAUGACUUGAGAAAAAGUAUAUAUCUACUUGAUCCUUUUCGAAGCCCACGGAGUUAAGAACACUCACGGAUUUAACAUGAACAUCGUAUCUUGGAGAUGUGUUUUCUGCUUUGUUUUGUUUAUUUCUGUGCACAUAUUUGUGGACAUAAGGACAGGUAUGUGUUAUAGUUAACUUUAUUGGUAACUUGUAAAUUUCUUGCUCACUAUUCACCCAAAAUAAGUCAAAAAAAAUAAAUGUGCUGUUUUUUUAUGGUACCUCAGGUGCAACACUGGAAGGUUCCUCUAUGGGUUACCUGAGCCUGCGUCAUAGUCAGGAGCCUGCGGUGUUUCCAGGCCUCGUUCGUGUAUCUGAUGCCAAGGUAUCUCAUGGUAGUCAUGCAGUUAUCUCUCGACGGAAACGAAACAUCCUUUUCCCAAGUGGAGUCAAACUCUGUGCACAAGAGACAGUCCAGCAGGUUGUCGCAAACCAUCUGAGCUACUUUCAUCUCAGAGUGUGCCAGGAAACCAUAUGGGAGGCGUUCAAGAUCUUCUGGGAUCGCCUCCCAGAACAAGAAGAGUACCAAAUCUGGAUGAGCCAAUGCCAGGAGGGCACAGUCACAGCACAAGAUAUUGGCAACUACUUUAGCCAAUCAGAGGAGCACCAGGCCCUGGUGAAAAAGAGAAUGUCAAGGCCAGGUGUGAAUAGGUAAGAGAAACUCGCCUCCUCUUUUCCCCAGUGUUAGCCCACCAUUUCAAGCAAGAAUUCAUGAUUUCAUCAUUAAGUCUGUGUUUUGUAAAUGUGUUAUUCUUCCCAUUAUGUGUAGUGAGCCCACCAGGUCCUGGCAACAUAUGUGCAGGUACGGUUGUCAAAGCUCUUCAACCUUACCUGUUCAUAUUCCCACUCAUCAUUUACCACACGUGACUUCAGAUGUCUCACAUUCAUUUGUUUGUGCUUGAUUUGUUUCCUAUUUUCUUUGACUUGGAUAGUAACAUCCAAGCUCUACUGCACAGAUGACUCUACUGUAAAGAUGUACUUGCAUUAUUUUAUCUUUUUUAUGAUUUUCAACAAAUCCAAUAACUAAAACAACAAUAACAACAACAAUGAAUUCAUCCUGCUAGUAACUAUUGUCUGUGAAGCCACAGUCUGAUACAGUUUAUGCCUUCAUGUCAUUGUCAUUAUUAAAACACACAAAGAAGCUUAUCCCCUUAGCCUGAGGUUAAACAUUCUUCCAUCACAUUGGUCAGUGUUGUCUGUUCUCCUUCAUUGUGUUAAUAGUGAAUAGUGGCAUGCUCAGUGAUGACAGCCCAGCAUGAUGCUGCUCUCCACAAACUGAUGUGAAGUUGUGGAGAAGCUCAGAAUAAAUUGUUUCCAUGAUGACUGUAAUGCCAUAAUAUGUCAUCCACUGCAACAGUGUGGAUGUCUUGAAGCAGCAGCUUGAUCUUGGGAAAUGUGAUUGUUCAUGUGCCUAGAGUUUGACUAGAACACAACAACCUGCAUGUUUUAGAGUGGUAUCAAUCUAAUUCUUGGCAAGAAAUGUUUCCCAAAAUGUCUAACUGUUCAAUUAUGUGUGAUAAUAGUUUAAGAAAAACAUUAAUGACAUGGUGGCAACUAUGU